UUUAGGAUUUAACACUUUUCACGUUGGGAUGUGGUGUUAAUCCAAGGUUCGGGUACUACUUUGCACGUGGGCCGCUUGAUCUCAAUUCAGGAUCUAGCACUUUUCACCUCCGUAUGUAUUACUUCGCACGUGGGUUAUUUGGUUUCGAUUCAGGAUUUGACACUUUUCACCUUGGUGUACGGUGUUAAUCCAAGGUUCGGACAUUACUUUACACGCGGGUCACGUGAUUUCAAUUCAGGAUUUGACACUUCUCACCUUGGUACGUGCUGUUAAUCCAGGGUUCGGAUGGAGCACAUAUAUGAUCGAGCUAAUCGACAGAUUGCUAUUGCUGUUGCAACAUAUCCGUAUUCAUUCCUUUUUGCAACACUUCUGUUCUCUGCAUUUCUAUCGUCGUCAUUAUUUAACUCAACUUUAGAGGAUGAUAUACGACGCAGUUUCUCACCACCGAAAUCAAGAGCAGCUAGGGAAGAAGAAAUAUACAUGCAAUUUUAUAAUAUUGCUAGCGUUCCUCAACGCGUUUUUAUCAUAUUUUACGCAAAAGAUGGUGGAACAAUAUUACGUGAAAAUCAUAUUGAGGAAAUGUAUCAAAUUCAUCGGAUAAUGACUGACGUGUUAAAUAACACUGAACAUUUCGAUGUCCCAAUGUGUCAUCCAUUUUGUGAUAUUAAUAAGCCAAUUAAUCUUUUCUGGGAUGAAAUUAGGAAAAAUGUGAAUGAUACGGAUUACGAUCAAAAUGCUAUAUUUGCUUUUCCGACAUCAACGAUAUAUGGACAGGAAUUGUUUCUUGGAUCAAAUUUGUUCGAUGUACAAUCCUCCGAUCACGUAUUCCCAAAUCGAUCAACAAUAAUACAAGUAGGAACCAUUAUGCUAUGGCAUUUGGUCAACGCUGAUAAUCCACAUAAACUUAAGAUGCUUCAAAAUGUGACCAUUACAUUGUUCGAAAUGUCUAGAAAGCGAAAUAUCACCAAAUGGAUUAAUUUUAAUAUUUUUGGUGAUGAAAUUGCAAACCGUGAGAUGAUUCGAGGCGCUUAUCAAGCAACAAAACUAAUGACAGUUGGAUUCAUCUUCUUAAUUUGUUUCGUAUUCCUUGUUGUGUGGCGCAAAAUGGAGUUACGUCUUCUUCCACCAAUUGUUUUUGCAACAAUACUUUCACCACUUCUAGCUGCUAUCUCAUCAUUUGGUAUUAUUUCUUGGCUACGAUUACCCAUUUAUUCGAUGAUGUGUGUCACACCAUUUCUCAUUCUUGGGAUCGGAGUGGACGAUGCAUUUAUUAUGAUCCAAGCUUGGACCCGUCUAAGGACCGUAACAUCUCGAAAUGAGAGAUUGGCGCAAGUUUUUGUCGAAAUUGGACCAUCAAUUAGCAUUACAUCUAUCACUAAUCUGAUUGCUUUUGGUAUUGGUUAUCUGACUCCAACACCACAAAUGAGCUUAUUUUGUCUAUGCACAUCGUUUGCCUGUUUAUUAGAUUAUAUUUUCACAUUUACACUUUUGGCACCAAUUCUUUACUUGGCUGAUAAAUCAGAGAAGGGCUAUGUAAUGGCGAAAAAAGUACCAAAAAAUGAGCUUGGCGAACAAUUUCUGAGAAGUUAUAGCAAGUUGAUAUGUUCGUGGAAGGGUCAAAUUAUUGCAAUAACCAUAUUGAUGGUAUUAUACUCCCUGUCAUCAAUAGGAGUUAUGAAAAUGAAAUCAACCUUUGAACCUGUAAAAGCAUUUCCGUCUGAUUCGAUAUCCACAAGUUCAUUUAUUGUCCUUCGACAUGUUUUUGAUGAAUUUUUCCCACUUCAAGUUGUCAUUAAUAACCCACCAAAUAUAAGCGACUCAACGGAGUAUAACGAGUUCCAUGAUAUGAUAAGAAGUUUGGAAGCGGUACCUAACAGCUAUGGGCCUAAUCAAACGAUGAUCUUCUUGCAAACAUACGAAAAUUUUGAUCGUAAAAUAUACAAUUUCUUUAAUAUGUUAGGUUUGGCAGAUCAAGAAGAUUUCAAACCAUCGUAUGAUAAUUUGCCGAUGUUUCUGGAUCACAUCCAAAAUCCACCAUUCAUCAAAAUGAGGAUCGAUGAGAAUGGUGAACAGAAGUUGGUGUCAUUCGUAAUUACAGCAACCGCACGAAAUAUGUCUGAAUGGUCCAAUCGUGCCGAAUAUGUGGAUGCAUGUCGUACGGUUUUCCGUAAUUAUCCACGUUUCAAUGCUACCGUUUAUGAUGGUGAUUCAGCUGUACUUGACUUAAUACUAACUGCAAAAAAGGAUCUGAUUGGGUCAAUUACUGUUACAGUUAUUUGCAUGGCAAUUGUAUGCUUAUUUUUUAUUGGCAGUAAAAUUGGCGUAUUGAUUAUUGCUUCAACGAUCUCAUCUAUUUGUUUUACACUCGUUGGUUCACUGUCAUGGUGGGGAGCAGAUAUGGACCCAGUAACAAUGGUUGAUGUACUGAUUGCUACCGGAUUUAGUGUCGACUACACCGCUCAUAUUGCAUAUAAAUUCUACAAACUGACCGGUGACCGGGAGGAACGAAUUAAACAAAGUUUCCGUGAAAUGUUCAGUCCUAUGCUCCAGGCUGGGAUAUCAACAGCACUUUGUAUGCUGCCGCUUAUCUUUGUUCCAACAUACGCAAUUUUAACAUUUGCUAAAACAGUCUUUCUGGAUGUAGGAUUAGCUCUGUUGCAUGGACUUUUCAUACUACCCAUUUUACUGGUCACCUUAUGUCGCUAUAAUCGGGAAGAAACCAAUACCGGCAAAACAAUAAUGACAUCCGGAAUGGAGAAUAAUGACAUGAAUUGUGGCAGUCUAUUGGAAAAAUGAAUGGGCAUGAAGUGAACAUAGGAUUAUUUUAUUGUUUUCGUUACUCCAAAGUAAUGAAGGGAAAGGUUUAGAGAACGGUUCUUCCCUUUUUUUUCAUAUAAAAUUAUAUAGGCAUUAGCAUCUCUCGAAAACUUUGUACAAAUC